GAGGCCAGGGUGUGCUGGUGGGUUCUGGAAUUUGGACAUUGAGCAUAAAGCCAUAAGGCAGGAAGGUGAUGGGAACUUUGAGGUAGAAAAGAGGUUAGUAAGGAAAUGGGGAAAAAACCAUAGUCAAUAUAUGGACAUAGUAUACACUGGGCCAUAAGCCAUGAUUUAUAGGGUAUAUUGGGGCAGAAAACCAUAGGGUCUAUUGGACUUGGAGAAGAAAGUUCUACUUAAGUUUAUGAGUUGGGGGAGUUUUAGUUUUGCUUACAACCUAGUACUAAACUGGAUCAAUGAACUCGCAGCACUUUGCAGCAACCUCAGUGUAACCUGCAGCUUUUAAGCAAGAAUGAAAUCUGCUCCUUAUUUACAGUCCUUAAACCCAUUCCAACCAAUCCCCAAGCAGAAGAGGAGUUAACAGGCAAACAAAACAGCUAUGGAUGAAUGAAUUCCAGUCCUGGUUUUACCUGCCUAUAUGACCCCCCCUCCCCAGCCCAACCCAGUAGCUCAGCAAUAACAGCUUUAGCUUGUAGCUCAGUUGGAUAAAGUCCCCUGGUCCCCCAGCCUGCAUCCAGUGAUGCUGUUCUGGGUUGGAAUGCAGGAGGCUGGAGCCCAGGAUUUAAUUAGACCGUGUGUGUUACUGCCCCUUCCCAGACUGUUACUGUGCUUGCUGCUCUCUCUGCCUGUCAUGAGUCUUCUGUGAAGCAUCUGGGAUUGUUGUACAGAGUGUGUAUCUGCUGUGCCUUCCCCUCAAUCUCGUCUGGGUGCCACAUUCCUCUCCUAGUUACAUACCAGGAUGGAUCCUCUUGACACAGAGUUGUGCUAUGACCCAGACCCCAGCAUUGUGCAACCGUCCUGCAACGGGCAGACACCCCCUGGGCACAAGCCACCAAAACUGCAAAUGGACCAUGAACAGAUGAAGAUCAGUGAGAGCGGCCAGUUCAGUGAUGAGGUGGAAAACAGAGGUUUGCUUGAAAGCAGCACCAGACUCAAACCCCAUGAAGCGCAGAGCUAUCGGAAAAAGGCCUUGUGGGUCUCCUGGCUUUCCAUUGCUGUCACGUUGAUUCUGGCAAUAGCGGCUUUCACCGUCUCUGUUAUGAGAUUCAGCGCGUCAUCAUUUGGAUUUGCUUUUGAUGCUGUCCUGGAUGUUUUUUCAUCAGCUAUAGUAUUGUGGAGAUACAGCAAUGCUGCAGCUGUACAUUCUGCGCACAGGGAGUACAUGGCUUGUUGUAUCCUGGGAACAAUAUUCCUGCUUUCCUCCAUCUGCAUUAUAUCCAAAGCCAUCCAUGACCUUUCAAUCAGGAUUCUGCCAGAAGUGGAUGAUUUUCUCUUCAGCGUUUCCAUACUCAGUGGGAUCCUUUGCUCACUCCUGGCCGCAAUAAAAUUCAUGUUGGGGAAAGUCUUAACAAGUCAAGCGCUCAUAACAGAUGGGUUCAACUCCCUCGUCGGGGGGGUCAUGGGUUUCUCCAUCCUUCUCAGCGCAGAGGUUUACAAGCACAAUUCGAAUGUCUGGUACCUGGAUGGGAGUGUGGGCAUCCUCAUUGGACUGAUAAUUAUGUCCUAUGGCAUCAAGCUGCUGAUGGACAUGGUUCCCAGGGUGAGGCAGACGCGUCACUAUGAGAUGUUUGAAUGAAGAACGCGGGAUUCAGUAAGAGAGAGACCCCAAGGCUGCAUCUCUUGUACAUACUGUAGGUUAAUUCUACCUGUAGGUCAAUGGACUGUGUGGGUUCCCCUGGAGGUAUUUGGGGGCUCAUGUAAAACACUCACCUGUACAUACAAAUGUUAUGUGCUUGUAAAUGAGCAAAAACAGUAUUUUUGUUACUCGGACUUGUGUGUGUAUGGGGGGGCAAUGCCUCUCUCUUUGUUUUGUCCAUGUGUCUGAUGAUGGAGAUACUUUACAGAAAUGGCACAACAUUAGCGUGAGCAUUGCUUUGUCCAUUUGCACCUGAUAAGUAAAAGACAAUGAACAGGAGCUGCUUCGGACCCUCGCUGCCAACAGGGACAGAUGGCUCUCUGAUUAGCACAGGUGGGCUGUCACAUUAACUAAGCCACUGACUGAUCUACCUUUGGUCAUGUGAUGUGAAUAUAAUGAGAGCUGCUCUGCUGCUGGCCCAUAAACAUAUCACUGUAGCAAUCCCCACCCCCGGUGCUGGAAAGCACAUCUGCAUGAUGCUGUAAACUACAAAGUGGAUUAGAUGUUAUUUCAGGUUGCUAUGGAAAUUAUUUUUAACAUAUAUUUUUAUAUAUACAGUAUCUUUAUGGUGAGUACAGAAGGUGGCCCUUCUAGCAUUAUUUCAGUCUUAUCAGCAUAGUGGCACAUUCCAAAUUUAAACAGCAAUUAGUCUCUAAGCCUAAGAAAGAGACAUCCAUUCAAAGGCCACAGUUAAGGUGACCAUAGACUUUACAAUUACGAUCUUGGUUGCUGGAAAAAUCGUUUGUUUUCAAUACUAACUGCUAGUGCUGAAUUUUCAGAUAUACAAGUAUUAACAAUAGAAUUCUACCUGACAUUUCAGCACUAACAGUGGUUUAUGUUUUGGUGCCUUCAAAGGUGCCCGGUCAAAAUCUUUAGACCAGCCAGAUCAAUGAGCCAACCCACAUCCAAGUCUUCUGCCAAUAUUGGUCGGCUCAUCUCCUGCCAUAGAUGUACCGAAUAUCGUCCAAUAUUAUUUGUUGCUCUAUGGCCACCUUAAGGAGAGACAUUGGGCGGUGGUGCAGAACAAAGUCCGGAUAGGCUGAGGCUGUUUGCUUUUGCACUGUUUGCUGUAAAGAUGGUCUAUGGGGAGACAGGGAGACACAUUUGCAAGGAGUAAGUUUUUAUAGGCAUAAUAAAAAUGUUCCUGCAAAUUUCUAGAAUAUAUCACUCUCCCUUUAAAUGUUUAAAAGUUUGCUUAGGUUCUUCCUUCAGUCCUUACCUAGAAACAAAAAUCUGAUCACUGGUACUUCCUAACUGGGUUGCUCUCUUUCCCAUGGUCUGACAUUGCAUUGAUGUCAGUGUGCCACGUUAGAGCUAUGGCCACUAGAGGGAGUGCUUGUGCCGUCAAGCUCUUUUACCUACUGACACAGAUCAUUGCAAUGGACUGCAGUCCAAUUCCCCCCCCCUCUGCCUGAGCAUGGGAAAGAAAGCAGCCCAGGAGAAGAAAAUACAAGAAAUCAGAUUAUCCAGUGGGCUUUUUAAAGAUUCACUGCGCUUAUAGUUAUCUUAAAGGGACAUUAAUGCAAUAAUCCAUGGAUGUCAUGAAAAGAUGAGGGGCCACUGGGCGGAUGGGUAACUUAUCUUAAAGCACAGUAUGAAAUGUUCCAAUCAAUAUACGUAUGUGUGUGAAUAAAACUGAGGCAGCCAAUCAGAAUUUACCUUACAGCAAUGGUUUAUUGACUUUUAUUGACUAGUCUGUGGGGUGUUACCUUUAUUAUAUAUAUAUAUAUAGUGUGACCGGUGCCUUGUAAUUCCUGAAUGACUGUGAGUCCUGCACAAAGCUAAUUUAGAUACUAUGUAGUGCUAUGUACUAUUCACAAGCUGACAUUUUAGCCUGGAAUUGGAACAGAAAUGUUAUUAUUCAGUUUUUAAUGAAACCAGUCAGAAUUAUAUAAUAUUGGGCUGAUGGACAUGCCCCAAACAUCAAAUCUCCAUAGGCAAAGUAUCCCGUUCCAUUAACCAUACAGUCAAUCUCGUGUUCACAUCAAUUUAUGUUUAUAUAACAACGCCCUUCUAUUACCAGGGGGUGCUAAUAUAUUGGUUUGUGAGUGAAGAUAAAGGGUUAAUGAUUAGAACAUGAAUAUAUUAUGAGAAUGAUCUGGAACAAUGAGAUAAUAAAAUGGGCACCAGGAACUUCUAGAGGCACAUUCAGUGCUGGAACUAGAAAUACAGGGAGAUUUACAUGAUCUGUAGAAGCACUAGGACUAGGGAAAAAAUGGUACCUUCCUGCAUUAGACUCCUCCUCCCAGGCUCAAUGCGUCAGGCUACUGAGAACUGCCAAUCUCAUGAUCUUAUUUGUUAUCCAAAGGAACUGACACUUUUUGGCAUAUGGUAUACCCUUGCACAUGCUUCCCAGACUUAUAUGUACAGUAUUUAUACAUACAUGGAGAUAAAUAUUUAGUGUGGUCAAUGGCUAGAGUCCCGCCCGGCAGCUAAAACUCCAUUACAUUGUAUAUGUGAUAUUACAGAUGUUAAUCCAUGCUAUACCCCAUCAGAGAUCCAUAGAGAUGAGUACCUAAAAGCACAAGUGAGGAUUAUUAUGAACUCUGAAGCACAGAAACUGACCUCUUGUAUAAAUGAAAUUAAUAUGCAGCUAAAUGGGGAAAAUGUUACAGGCCCAACUAAGACCUCCCCUACCCCCACUCUUUAUUUCUCUGUUCUUGGUCUGCUCUACCAUCAGGGAAGAGUGGGGCUUGGACUUGACUAACAAACAGUGUAGCCUAGCAAAGUAAAGGCUCCCUCUAGUGACUAAAGCUUGACCUUUAGGGUUAGUUCACACAAGGAGAUUUGGGGAGAUUGACAUUUAGUUUCCCGUGGAUCUCUACAUACACAUUACCCACAAGCACAAAUAAAAAUGUUAGAAACUGAUUUUGGAAUUAUUGGUGGGUUCAGUAUAUAUAAUAUGGUAUUUAUAGCCAUAUUCAUUUUUAGGGUUUAGUUCUUCUUUAAUGAAUAACCCUAGCACUACAAUCUGUAUAUACAAAGCUGUGAAUAAGAAUGUCCAGCAGGGGAUGCCAGUAUAUUCCUAGGAGAUAUGUAAUAAAGUUGUUAUUCUUGCGGUGAUAUUAAAACCAAAUGUUUGUCUUUUCUACUGUACUGGUCAUAAUCAUGUAUAAUUCCAUAGACUGUAUCCCCUGAAUAUACUGUGCUGUAUACGAUUCCGUCAAGGUGCAAUAGCCACCCCCCCAGGGUAAGGGGGGAACAACAAUCCAUGACUAAUAAAUAUUUAUUUCAGAGAA